UUUGCCCACAGCUAGUUUGUCCAGAAACUCUGUCCUGAGAGGGGACUAAAGAAAACACCCAGCAAGCACCACGCGCGGAAGGCCUGCAGCAGGGAGCAAGGGUGGUCUCCGCGGUGCCUGAGAAUGGAGGGACACAACUUCUCAGCCCCCUUCAAUUUCUCCCUGCCGCCUGGCUUCGGCAGCCGCCCCACAGACAAGGCGCUGAGUGUCAUCCUGGUGUUGAUGCUGUUGUUCAUCAUGUUCUCACUGGGCUGCACCAUGGAGUUCAGCAAGAUCAAGGCUCACCUCCGCAAACCCAGAGGGGUGUUUGUUGCCCUGGUGGCCCAGUACGGCAUCAUGCCCCUCGCUGCCUUUGUUCUGGGCAAGGUCUUCCGUCUGAACAACAUCGAGGCACUAGCCAUCCUCAUCUGUGGCUGCUCUCCUGGGGGGAACCUGUCUAACCUCUUCGCCCUGGCCAUGAAGGGGGACAUGAACCUCAGCAUUGUGAUGACCACUUGCUCAACCUUCAGUGCCUUGGGCAUGAUGCCUCUCCUCUUAUACAUCUACACCAAAGGGAUCUACGAUGGAAACCUUCAGGACAAGGUGCCCUAUGUAGGCAUCAUCAUAUCACUGGUCACGGUCCUCAUCCCUUGCACCAUAGGGAUCUUCCUCAAGUCCAAAAAGCCAAGAUAUGUACCCUACAUCAUCAAGGCAGGGACGAUCAUCACUCUGUUGCUCAGUGUGGCUGUCAUAGCCCUCUCUGUCAUCAAUGUAGGCAACAGCAUCAUGUUUGUCAUGACCCCGCACUUACUGGCUACUUCCUCCCUGAUGCCUUUUACUGGCUUCCUGCUGGGCUACAUUCUCUCGGCUCUCUUCCAGCUCAAGCCAAGGUGCAGACGCACCAUCAGCAUGGAGACAGGAUUCCAAAACAUCCAACUCUGUUCUACCAUCCUCAAUGUGACCUUCUCCCCUGAGGUCAUUGGACCGCUCUUCUUCUUCCCUCUUCUCUACAUGAUUUUCCAACUUGCAGAAGGACUGCUCUUCAUUAUUAUCUUCCGGUGCUACGAGAAAAUCAAGCCUCCCGAGAAAAAAACAAAAAUGAUCUACAAGGCUGCAGCAACCGAAGAAGCUAUUCCAGCAGCUCUGGGAAAAGGCACCCACAACGGGAAUAUUCCUCCUGCACCCAGCCCUUCCCCCAACGGCCUGCAUUCUGGGCAGAUGGCAAGUCAGAAUGACUGUGAAAACUCAGAAGCAGCAAGAAAGGAAUACCAAGCUCUGCCUCAAUGUCUAGCACUUUCAGCAAAUCCAUCAGCAGCAUCUUAAGUCCUAACCUGAGACAGAGGGGCAUCUAUCAAGGAACCAUCACCCAUCCCCAAUUUGUUAU